CACCUUAAUCAUCUUACAUUGGUUUCGGCUUUUCGAGUUCCAAAGCAAUUCACCUUUAGCUCAAAACAAAUUUUGAGAAGCUAAAAUGGGGUACAUUUGGCUUACACAUUCAUCAUCUUACUUAUACACUACACUCUUCCUACUACUUUGUACUUGCUUGGUUAGCUCUAAGCUUGUUGUGGCUAAGCAUACUGGCAUAACUCGGCGCUAUAAUUUUGAGGUCAAGAUGCAAAGUGUGACGAGAUUAUGUCAAACAAAGAGCAUUGUAACCAUUAAUGGGCAGUUCCCAGGGCCAAAAAUUGUCACUAGAGAAGGUGAUAGGCUUGAAAUUACUGUGGUGAACAACGUUAAGUACAACGUUACAAUUCACUGGCAUGGCAUUAGACAACUGAGGAGUGGAUGGGCUGAUGGACCGGCUUAUGUGACACAAUGCCCAAUUCAAACUGGUCAAAAAUAUGUGUAUAGAUUUAGAGUCACAGGCCAAAGAGGAACCUUGUUUUGGCAUGCUCAUAUUUCAUGGCUUAGGGCUACUCUUUACGGUCCCAUUAUUAUUCUACCAAAGCAUGGUGUUCCUUAUCCUUUCCCUCAGCCUUACAAGGAAGUUCCAAUCGUUUUCGGGGAAUGGUGGAAAGCAGACACUGAGUUAGUGAUUAAUCAAGCAAUGAAAACAGGAUCAGCCCCUAAUCUUUCGGACGCGUUCACUGUCAACGGCCUUCCUGGACCCUUGUACAAUUGCUCAACAAAAGAUGCGUUCAAGCUCAAGGUAAAGCCGGGCAAGACUUACCUUCUUCGUCUGAUCAAUGCUGCACUUAACGACGAGCUUUUCUUCAGUGUCGCUAACCAUACACUCACAGUCGUCGAAGCAGACGCCAUCUAUACCAAGCCAUUCACAACCAACACUAUUCUCAUAACUCCUGGACAAACUACCAAUGUUCUUCUGACUGCCAAGAACCACCAUCCUAAUGCCUCCUUCCUCAUGGCAGCGCGGCCUUAUGCGACAGGACCUGCAACAUUUGACAAUACAACUACAGCUGCCAUACUCGUGUACGCUCGUAACCCUUCUCAGAAACACGAACACACUAAACUUCCACAACUCAAACCAAAACUCCCUUUCUUUAAUGACAUCUCAUUCGCGGCUAAGUUUAACAGCAAGUUAAGAAGCCUUGCAAAUUCAAACUUUCCUGCCAAUGUACCUAAAAAGAUUGACAGACGUUUCUUAUUCACUGUUGGUCUCGGAUUACUCCCCUGCCCUAAGCAUCAAACCUGUCAAGGACCCAACAACACAAUGAUAGCAGCCGCGGUCAAUAAUGUUUCGUAUGUACAGCCUAAAAUUGCAUUACUUCAAUCCCAUUUCUUCCAAACAAAUGGAGUGUUUACUACUGAUUUUCCUAAAAAUCCACCCUUCAAAUUUAACUACACUGGCACACCCCCCAAAAAUCUUAUGCUUAGCCGCGGGACUAAAACAAUUGUCUUACCAUUUAACACAAGUGUUGAGCUAGUAUUACAGGACACUAGCAUAAUUGGGGCUGAAAGUCACCCUCUUCACCUUCAUGGUUUUAACUUCUUCGUCGUAGGUCAAGGGGUUGGUAACUUUGAUUCCAAGAAUGAUCCUGCAAAGUUUAACCUCGUCGAUCCUAUUGAGAGAAACACGGUUGGUGUACCGUCUGGUGGAUGGGUUGCUAUCAGAUUUCGUGCAGACAAUCCAGGUGCUUGGUUUAUGCAUUGUCAUUUGGAAGUUCACACGAGUUGGGGACUGAAGAUGGCAUGGAUUGUACAGGAUGGAACGGAGAAGAACCAAAAAUUGCCGCCACCGCCUUCGGAUCUCCCUAAAUGUUGAUUGUGAACUUUCAUAUUAAUGUUGUGCUAGGAUGCUUAUUUUCAGCAUAGAUAUGUGAAGCCUAAAGAGGCAACGACACAGGGCAGAUCUUUAGUACUAGUGAGCAGUUAUGCAGCUAGAAAAUGUUGUUAAAUCAUUUUUUGAAUAUAUGAUUAAAUCAAUUUUUGAACGAUUUAUAAAGUUGAUAGUGUAAGUUUGUAAUUCAAAUUACAGCACCAACAGGAAAAUUUGUAACUGUAUGAUUUUUCUCAAUUCUAAUGUGAAAUUAGCAUCCAAAAAGUUACAAUGA